GCAUCUCUUCUCCUAUAUAUGAAGAGAGUGAGAAAUUAAGUGAGAUGAAAUGUAGAGAAAUAGGAUUCCUGGCUUUUGAUUUCCUGCAUAAGAAAUAGUAUUCUGGUAUUUCGUCGACUGAGAGGAGAUGGGGACGAGAACGCCAAGAGAGCAUAUUGAAUAUAUUAGGAGAGAGACAUUCUCCAUCGGAGGAAAACCAAAUCCCCUGGCGGGAGCUUUACAUCAGGCCGUUAAUUAUCUGUCCGCCGAGCUGUAUACUAAAGACAUCCAUUUCCUCAUGGAGCUUAUUCAGAAUGCGGAAGAUAAUGAGUACUUGGAAGGUGUGGAUCCGUCGCUGGAGUUUGUCAUCACAUCAAAAGACAUCACCACAACCGGUGCCGCCUCGACUCUCCUUAUAUUCAACAAUGAAAGAGGCUUCUCUGAGAAGAACAUUGACUCCAUAUGCAACAUUGGAGGAUCCACAAAGAAAGGGAACAGACAACGUGGAUAUAUUGGAGAGAAAGGUAUCGGAUUCAAGAGCGUAUUCCUCAUUACAAGCCAACCUUAUAUUUUCAGCAGUGGGUAUCAGAUAAGGUUUAAUGAAGAGCCACAUCUGGACUGCAAUCUCGGAUACAUUGUCCCUGAAUGGGUGGAUGAGAACCCAACUCUCUCCGACAUACAAAAAAUCUAUGGCAUUGAUAAAACCCUUCCAGCGACAACUAUAGUCCUGCCAUUGAAGUCCGAAAAGGUAAAAGCUGUGAAGCAAGAGCUCUCGAGAAUGCACCCUGAGGUCCUGUUGUUCCUUUCAAAAAUCAAACAGCUUAGUGUCAGAGAAGGCAACGAUGAUCCUCGGCUCAAUACAGUCAAUUCCAUCUCUAUUUCAAGCGAAACGAACUUCAAGAGGAGGAAGAACUUGGACGCGGAGUCCUACACUCUCCAUCUCUCAGCUGAAGAGCACCGCAAAGGGGAAGAGAGCAAAUGCAUUUACCAUAUGUGGAAGCAAAAGUUCCCAGUUAAAUUAGAAAACCAAAUCGAAAGGAGGAAGGAAGUUGAGCAAUGGGCGAUCACACUGGCGUUUCCCUUCGGGGAACGCCUCGAUCGAGGGAUGGGAACACCUGGCAUUUAUGCGUUUCUGCCGACAGAGAUGGUCACAAACUUUCCUUUCAUAGUUCAGGCAGAUUUCGUUCUAGCAUCAUCAAGAGAAACCAUACUCUUGGAUAAUGUGUGGAACAAAGGCAUUCUUGACUGUGUGGCCUCUGCUUUCAUCAAUGCUUUCAUCUCUCUUGUGAAAGAAACGGAGAAUGCACCCACAUCUUCCCUCCCACCAAUGUUCAAUUUCUUGCCAGUAAAAAGCUCUUCAUUCGUGGAGCUGAACACCAUGCGAGAGGCAAUAAGAGCGAAGGUGAUUGCGGAGAAUAUCAUACCAUGCGAGUCAUACACACAGCAAAAGCUAUUCUGCAAGCCCAGUGAAGUGGGCCGGCUAAUGCCAGCAUUCUGGAGCAUCUUGAUCAAGGCAAAGGCACAAGGCGUGUGCUUGCAGAAUCUUUCUUCCCACGGGACCUACAUUCUGAACUCAGCAUUUGAUGAGGCCGAAUACAAUGAUGUCCUGGGUUUCUUGGGUGUGGAGCCCAUCAACAAUGAAUGGUAUGCGAAAUGCAUCAAGAGCUCGAAUCUAGUAAUGGGUGUUUCCGAGGAUCUUUAUAUGGAGCUGCUGUCCUUUUUCGCAGACAAUUGGAAGAUUUUUGGGAAUACUGAUAUCAGGAACAUACCCCUCUUGAAAUACAUUGAUUGGAACUGCAAGCAAUCCUUGUGGAGCAUCAACAAUGCAACUGAGAUGCAUGGCAAUAGGAUAUGCUUUUCAUUCAGUAAGGCACAUGUUUCAUGGCUUAUCGAUUGCAACCAUGAAUUCCGAUGUGCCGCUGGCCGCUUCUUUAUCCCAAAAAGCACGGACAAUGCUUUCAGAUCAUCUCCAAAGCUCAAAACGAUAUGGGAAUGGCUUACACAGUACGCUAGCGUGGGCUGUCUGACUGUAUUUGAAUACGGCAAUCUUCUCACUAAUGCAGUGAGGAAUGAUAGAAAGCUUGUUAUAGCUUUUGCCCACUUCUUAUAUCACUCCCUCUCGAAGAAAUACCUGUCAGAUGGGGAAGUCUCUCAGCUGUGCGCUAACAUGCCGCUUGUAGAUAACUAUGGCCAGGUGACUGCAAAGAGGAGACAGGUCCUCGUCCCUGCUAAUGGAAGCAAGUGGGUCGGAUUGUUAGGUUUGAAUCCAUGGAGAAGAGAGGACUAUGUCGAACUGGGUGAAGAUUAUAUCCGGGAGGGCUAUUUUGCAGAUCUAUAUUCAUCCAAGAAACAGCUGAUGAAGUUCAUGGAGGUUCAUGUUGAAGCUUCUGACAUACCAAGUCUAUGUCCUCCUGACGCUGCUUUUCCUACUGUAUCAUCUCCGUUGACGAAGGAAAACACGUUUCUGCUCUUGGAAUGGAUUCAGAAGUUGAAACAUAGGGGGGUGCAGUUGCCCGGGAGGUUCUUGCGAUGCAUCAAGGAGGGGAGUUGGCUGAAGACAUCUAUCGGUUACAAGCCUCCCUCGGAGACAUUCCUAUCAAGCUCUGACUGGGGAAGCCUACUUCAGAUGGGGUCCGUGAUGGUCGAUAUCCCCUUGAUCGACCAGGAAUUCUAUGACUACAGGAUCAGUUACUACAAGGAAGAGCUGAAAACAGUCGGGGUGCUGUUCGAGUAUGGGGAAGCAUGCCAGUUCAUCGGCGACCGGCUCAUGAAGCUAGCCAAUUCCAUGAGGCUAACGAGAGCGAACGUGCUAUCGAUGUUGCAGUUGAUAAAAUUCAUGCGGGAGAAGUACCUGUUACCGGAGGAAUUCAUCAAGAGUGUCAAAGGCGGGCGUUGGCUAAGGACCACUCACGGUGACAGAUCUCCUGUGGGGUCCAUUUUAUAUGGACCCGAAUGGAAAGCUGUUUCGGAGAUCAGCAAUCUGCCCUUCAUCAAUAAAGAAUACUACGGUGAGGAUAUACUCUACUUUAAAUCAGAGCUUCAGUUGCUUGGUGUUGUAGUUAGCUUUGAUGCGAAUUACAGCAUUGUGGUCAACCACUUCAGAUUGCCCACGUCUUUAGCUUCUCUGUCAGCGGAUAGUGUUCUUUUGAUAUUGGAAUGCAUUCGAAAUUCGAGAUCAUCUGACCAGAUCACAGGGAAGCUUAGAGAUCAGAGAUGGGUAAAGACCAAUAGCGGUUACCAGUCACCAGCCAAUUCUUUCUUGUUUGAUCCUGAAUGGGGAUGCCUUUUGAAGGUUGUCAAUGGAUUGCCAUUGAUUGAUGAAGGAUUUUACGGGAGCAGGAUCCGCUCAUACAAGGAUGAGUUGAAAGCGGCCGGGGUAGUUGUAACGCUACAAGAAGUGUCUAAGGCAGUCACAUGUCAUUUCAAAGAGCUUGCAAGGAAGACUUCCAUUAGAAAAGAAAAUGUGCUAGCAUUACUAGCAUUUUACCGGCACCUAAAGGAAGCAAACCGCAACUUCCCCGCAGAGCUAUUCAACUGCAUACUCGAAGAAAAAUGGCUGCAGACCCGCUUCCUUGGCUUCCGAUCUCCAAAGGAAUCGAUACUGUUUGAUGCGGAAUGGGAAUCUAUCUGUCCAAUCGCGAUCCUUCCUUUCAUCGAUGACAGCGAAGCAUGCUAUGGACUAGACAUCCAUUCAUACAGAAAUGAGCUGAGGGAUUUUGGUGCCAUAGUCAAAUUCAAAGAUGGAUCAAGGUUCGUAGCUGGUGGUCUUAGUAUUCAGAACCCAAGCAGAGUAACUCCUGCAAGCGUGCUGUCACUGCUGAAAUGCAUUCGGUACUUACAGGAGCAGGGCAGCACCUUACAAGAGGAGUUCAUGCGACGGAUCAAUAAGAGGUGGCUGAAGACCCAUAUGGGUUAUCAAUCGCCCAGUGAGUGUAUGCUGUUCGAUUCGAAGUGGGUUUCUCUAGAACGCAAAGAUGGGCCAUUCAUCGAUGAAGCGUUUUAUGGGACUGAAAUUGCAUCAUAUCAGAAAGAGCUCGAUGCGAUCGGAGUGAUUGUGGAUGCUGAAAGUGGUUGCUCAUUGCUCGCAAGCUACCUCAGUUGCCAUUCCCAAUUUACAGUCAUAACGAGAAUCUAUGAAUGUUUGAGCAAAUUCAACUGGGUCCCAGACAGUAAAGAAGCUAGCUGGAUUUGGAUACCGAAUGGAAGCGAUAAGGGCGAAUGGGUGUGCCCGAAAGGCUGUGUGAUUCAUGACAAGGAUAAUCUCUUCGGUUUACGGUUGAAGGUUUUGGACAAGUAUUACAAGAAAGAUAUACUUUGCUUCUUCUCCAUGACACUCGGAGUAAGCUCAAAUCCCACAGUCGAAGAUUACUGCAGUCUGUGGAUUGAUUGGGAAAAAACGUGCCAUGAAAUGUCCUUCGAGGAGUGCUGCUCUUUCUGGGCAUUUGUGUCAAGACAUUGGAAUUCAAAGGUGGAGAAGCUUCUCUUGAGCAGCAUCUCAAAGGUGCCCGUGAAGACAGCUUCGGAGGGAAUCCGACUUGUCAACAAGCAAGAUGUUUUCAUCCCUGACGACCUGCUAUUGAAGGAUCUUUUGGAAGAGGCUUCUCAAGAACCGAUAUUCAUCUGGUAUCCACAACGGAGCUUGCCUUAUCUGUCUCGCAAUAAGCUCAAUAAGAUCUAUGGCAGCAUUGGGGUCCGAACCAUUUCUGAAUCCAUUCAAAAGGAUGAGUCUUCUGCAUCAAACAAGCUUGAAUUCGAGAAGUUAGAUCAGAAAUAUGUGAUGCUCCCGACUGGGUUGUUCCGAAUUGCACUUGGGUUUCUCUCAGAUCCUUCAUCUGAAAUGCCCAUGGAUGCAAGGCAUCGGACAGUGAAAAGCCUUCUCAGUGUCGAACUCUUCGUUUCGGAUGAACCCAUUACAGUAAGCUACAAUCUACCGCUGUCUUCAUUAAAGAUCAUCGAAACAAAAGCCACACGAAUGAUUCGUUGGGAUAGAGAGGAGUCAAAGCUCUUCAUUCAGAAGAUAGAUAGAUCAUCCCACAACAAAUCCAACAUCGAAUACGCCACAUAUUUCUCUGAAAUGAUAGCUGAUGGGCUGUUAUGGGAGGAUCCUGAUCGGAUUGCAGGCCUCCGUGAGCUUAUCAAGAUCGGCUGCUUGUUGGAAUUCAAGGAGGCGGCGGUCGACUUCUUGUUGAAGACUAAGAAUCUGCAGGUUUUCAUGGAGGAUGAGGAGUUCCUGAAAUCUGAAUUCUCAUCCGCAUAGUAACUUAUGAAGCAAGGUUUGUACUUAGAACUUUCUAUUUUUGGUUUUGCUUAUUUGAAGAUUGUGAUUUUCUGUUUUGUUUUUGUUUGGAUUUUGAAGCUUUUUUUGUGUUAAUGUAUAUAUUAGUGGAGGUUAGUUUCUGUUGGAAUUUCUUCUGUUUGUUGAAGACAAAGAUAAGCUAUAUGCCAGUACAAAUUCGUCC